CUGUAGUGUUACUGGUAUUGUCCCUCUACAUUAAAUGUAUAUGUCGAUAUGCACAACAAGUGCAUCAAAACGCUGCUUGGCGUCUGCUUUGUAGGCGGAGGGCGGAAUUUCGUCGCAUCUUCCGAUUGGCUGGCCUUGAGUGACGUUUCUGGAGCCGCUUCCUGGUCUGGCUGCUCUCCAGGGGAGGAGGAGAGAAGCGACUGCGGUGUUUGCUAGUCUCAACAAAAUGGCUGCGAGACCACUGACGCCGAAAGCUCACUGAUCCGCCUACCACGGCCGUGCUCUGCGCUGUCAGGACCCUCGCAGAAUGUAUUUUCUCGGAGUCGCUUCCCACUUUGCAUUCGCGGUAGCUGGCGCGUUACAAGUCGUCCCGCUGGUCACCUAGACACAACAGUUAUUUUUUUUGUGCACUUUAAAACCAAGUUGGCCGGCUGGCUUUCGGACGGCUGUCGGCAAGCUCGGACAAAAAAAAAACUGCGCCAUUCCAUUUUCAUUUCUUUUUUUUUUUUUCAGUGCGGCUCAACUUCUACCGGCUAAUGUUGUCGACAACAAUUUAGCUGCGUCUUACAAGGUCAUUCUUAUUCGUAUCGUUUGUUUUUGUUGUUGCCUUCGCGUAGUCCCCCUCCCCGCCCCUUAUACGAGAUCGCAUAUGGCGUUUUAGCGUUAUUUUUGCAGCAUUUUUUCCAAUGUUUCUCCCAAACGACACAUUACAAAACAGUGAUUUUGUAUCUGUGGCCGAGGAGGGGGCGUUGUAUACCUCGUUCAACUGUCACCAAGCUGCUCCGGCGGCCGCCGGCGAAGCUGCCAAGUCUUGACUGAAUCUGCUCCAUCGCUUUACGGGUAACUUUGGAGAGGACGCCGGGGAUUGAUUACAAGCUGACAAAGCCGUGCUUAACGCAAGCUGAGAGAAGCAAGAAAAACAAGAACGAGAACCGUUUGAUGGAAGAAAAGAAAAAGAAAAAACAAGAAGAAAAGAUCAAGAAGGUCAUCGCUCAGAAGAAGGCUGCUGAACAGAAACCCAAAGUGCCAGAGCCUGCUCCCCCUAAGCCCAGUCCCUGCACAGCCAACCACGUCCACCCUGCCAGCCCUACGCUGCCACUCUCCUUCUCAUUUUCUUGUGGAAAUGACAAGCGCACUUCCUGCAGUAGCCAGCUCCAGAGUCCCGUUGCCCCUCAGUCACAGUGCACGUCGUCCUCUGCCGGCGCUCGCUACCCACCGAGAGAGGUGCCCCCGCGCUUCCGGCAGCAGGAGCAGAAGCAGCUACUGAAGAGAGGCCAGCCGCUGCCUGCAGGAGCCUUUGGUGCUCUCACGCCCUCCUCUUCCUGCUUGUCACCUUCAUUACCUUACUCUUCAUCUUCUACAAGUACCAGCAGCACUACACCAAAGUCUGCAGAGUUCACUGCAGGCCAACAACACUCACCAGACAUAUCCCCGAAGAGUGGCCCUGCUGCCCAGAUUUGCCAGUGGGGCGCCUCCUUGAAUGCAGACGGCAUUUCCGGUGACAACAGUUGGAACAAAGGAAAUACUGACAGAAGUGAUACUGAAGCUUGCCGCAGCAGUGACCUCGGUCAGCCUCCAGCACCGGCAUGCCCCUUUGGCUCAGCUAGCUUCAGCACAGACUGCAGUACUGUCACUACCGUUAGUGGUACUUUACUGACUAUGGCCACGGGUGCCACAGGCCAGCCGGCCCACUACACAUCUCUCAAAUCUAACAAUAAUAUGAUGACAGGACCUGGAUCAGCUAACACAUUGUCAACUAACAGAGGUUGGGGCUCAGAUGCCAAACAAGAUGGAAUGAAUAGUGGGCGGGUCGGAACGCCCAAUCACUGGGGCUCACCCGGUUUUAACUUGAAUCUCAAUCCUAGUGCCAACCCUUCUGCGUGGCCUGUUCUCGGUCAUGAGGGUGGUGGUGUUAUUGGCUCAAAUGGUGUCUCAGCCUCAUCUCACCCACCAGGCAGUGGGAAUGGCGAUAUUGGGAACGGGAGCCUUGGAGGCACAAGCACUUGUGGCGGAGGUUGGGUUAGCAUGGUUGGUGCUAAUGAAAAUGAACAGCAGCGCCCUUCCACCAUCCCAAGCUUGUCCUUCAAUAUGGAAACUAACCUUAACACUGAUGGACCAAACCACACCAAGCAACAAGCUCAGGAGCCUAUGAGCCCGAUCCAUGGGUUAACAGGCUGGGGAGGUCAGUCGCCUACUGAAUCUUCCCAACUCAAUGGAGACACAACAGGCAGCUCUGUCUGGGGCAGUGCUGAAACCAAGGCAGCUGAUUCCCCCAAGGACUCUGGCUGGGACGCAGCACCGCCUGCGGGCCUCUCUGCUUGGGGUCGCCAAGGUAGUGGUGGUGGCGGGAGUAAUGGAAGUGGUGGCUGGGGCGACUGGGGGAAACCCUCAGGAGGUGGCGAUGCAUCAAAAGGCUGGGACUCUGUUGAUGCUGUCAUUUCAGAUCAAGGUUCAGGUCAAGAGCAACAACUUGGCUCAUGGGGUAAGCAGCCUGGAACUGCCCCAGCAAGUGAAGGUAGUGGGGACAGCAGAGAUGGCCAUUCUCACCACAGAGAGAGGUCCUCAAGCAUGGAUUUUACCCCCGUGUUACCCCGACAGGACCUGGAUCCUCGGGUGCUGAGUAACACGGGUUGGGGGCAGACUCCCAUCCGACAGCAUACCGUGUGGGAGAUGGAAGAAGCAAACUCUGAUGAUGGGAAAAGCAACAGCAGCUCAGACACAUUUGAAAGUUCCAGUUCUAACAGUGGAUCCACAUGCACCAACGGAGGUGCCGUCAACCCCAACAUAGGUACGAAUCCAAGGCAUGGAUCUGAUGCAAAACAUGAAAGCGAAAGAUCGUCAGGCUGGGGAGCCCCUCCACCCCCGUCAGUUGAGACUGCAUCAGGAUGGGGUGAUCCCCCACAUUCACAGAAAGAAGCCACUAAUGGCACCACCAGUGGCUGGGGAGACCCCUUACCUACCGGUGGACCUAAAAAUGUAGGCAUGACAUCUUGGGGCUCUGAGGACAAGUCACCUAGCUGGGACAGUGACAUGACAAAAAGCCAGUCCACUAAUUGGGGGGAGGGCACGAUUAGCUCCCGUGGUUGGGGAAGUAGUAAUGGGGGCACCAACAGUUCUAGCACAAGGGACUGGGGAGAACCAGAACGCAAGAACAAUGGGUCGCCCAGCAGCAUGUGGGAAGGGGAAGGAGGAAAUGGAGGUAAUGGAGGAUGGAAGGAAAAUCCUAGAGGAGGAAUUAGAGGAGGUGGUAAACUUACUUCUUCUUCUGUAAGUAGCGGCACUUGGGGAGAGAACGCCCGUACCAGUGGCCCAGUGCAGGGCACCUGGGGCUCCUCCAAGCCCACUGAAAGCAGUGGCAGCAGCACUGGUAGUGGAGGAGGGGGCAGCAUUGGUUCUUGGGGAGGUCCUAGUUCUGUCAAACAGAACACCUCCGGUUGGAGCAAUGUCAGCAAACAGGACCAAGGCUUGGAAUCUACAGGUUGGGAGGAGCCCUCCCCUCCCUCUAUCCGCAGGAAGAUGGAGAUUGAUGAUGGAACAUCCACCUGGGGUGAUCCUGGCACGUACAGCAAGACUGUCAAUAUGUGGGAUCGCAAUAAUCCGAAUAAUAAUGCAGGCAACAGCGGUCCACCCCCCAUGAAGAAUAGUGGCAUGAUCACACCCAACAAUAAUAAUCACUCUGUCGGCCCUAACAACAACAAUCACCACCACGGCCAUCCAGUGCACCACCAUCCUCACCAUGGCAAUGUGCCAAGCCAUCUCCAUCAACAUCAUGGAAACAACUAUGGGCCACCCAACAGUUGUGCCCCACACCCAGGUGCGGGUCCCCAGAGUCGACCUCCUCUUGCUAACCCAGGCUGGGGAGAACUUCCCAGUGUUCAGCCUAAGUCAGAGCCUGCUUGGGGAGAGCCUGCAGCUCCAACAUCAGCUGUGGACAACGGCACCUCUGCUUGGGGCAAACCAUCAGGAGGUGUCAGCGGAUGGGGAGAUGGUGUCCAUGAGCCCACUGGACCUUAUGGCAGGGCCAACGGACCCUCCUGUGCUGCACCCUGCAAGACUGGUCCCAAACCUAUGCAAGACAGCUGGGGAAAUGGAGGGGAUGAAAUGGGCAUGUCAACAGGCCAGUGGGACACUGAGGAUGGGGACAUGUGGAGCAACCCCACCUCGCUGGAGAGCAGCUCCUCCUGCAAUUCCUGGGGCAAUGGAUCCAAGAAGAUCCCGAACAAGGUGUCUCUUCAGGGGAAGAUGAUGAACAAACCAGAUGAGACAUGGAUCAUGAAUCGUCUCAUCAAACAGCUCACCGACAUGGGUUUUCCGAGAGAUCCUGCUGAGGAGGCACUGAAGAGCAAUAACAUGAAUCUUGACCAGGCCAUGAGCGCUCUGCUGGAAAAGAAGACUGACCUGGACAAGCGUAGUUUGGGCAUUUCUCAUUACAGCAACGGCCUGAACAAGCCACUGGUGUGUCGACCAUCCAUGCUCUCGAAAGAUCCCUCUGACCACAAUGCCUUCCUUGACAAGGAUGGUGUUCUUUCCAACGAUGCCCCCCCAUCACCAUUUAUGCCUUCCCCCAGCCUGAAGCUCCCCCUGGCCAAUAGUAGCCUUCCCGGGCAGGGUCUGGGACAGGGCAACUCGGGGCUGGCCAUGCAAAACUUGAACAACAGACAGAUACCCAGUGGAAUGUUUGGCAGCAGUGGAGCAGCACAAGGCCGGGCCAUGCAGCAGCAGCCUCCUCAGCCACCAGUGCCACCUCUGAGCUCCUCCAUGCCUAGUCUACGUGCUCAAGUGCCUCAGUAUCUCUCCCCUCAGGUCCAAGCACAGCUCUUGCAAUUUGCAGCAAAAAACAUUGGUCUGAACCCUGCACUUUUAACCUCACCAAUAAACCCUCAACAAAUGACCCUGUUGUACCAACUUCAGCAACUUCAAAUGGCAUACCAGCGUUUACAAAUCCAGCAGCAGAUGAUGCAGGCGCAGCGUAAUGUUUCCGGUCCCAUUCGACAACAAGAGCAGCAAGUCGCACGCACAAUCACCAACAUGCAGCAGCAGAUCCAGCAGCACCAGCGUCAACUCUACCAGGCGCUGCUGAUGAAGCAGCAGCAGCAGCUUCCCUCCCAUUCCGCCUCCUCUUCCUCCUCCCAAGCUGGUCUGCAUGCCCCCGGUGGCCCCACCGGAGGCCCCGGAUCUGCAAAAUCAACCCUGGACCCUUUCACAGGCCCGCAUCAUGCUCUGGGCCUGGUCGACACACUGCACACCAAAGAGCCGCUGUCUUCACCCAACGCCUACAGCACCUACCCUCUUUCUGGACUUAAUCCAAACAUGAAUGUAAACUGUAUCGAGGUUGGGGGUCUGUCUCUGAAGGAGCCCCCUCAGCCCCAGUCCCGCCUGUCCCAGUGGACACACUCCAACUCCAUGGACACCCUGGGUGGCAACACCUCAAACCUGGAGAACAACCUCAACAAACAUGGUGCCAUAUCUGCUGCCUCUACCUUGGGGCCACCUGGGAAGCCCUCACAGCUAGAGGAUUCCUACAGCCCAUACAAUCUGAUGUCCAGCUCGGACUCCCCCGCCAGUUCCUUGGUACCGCCAGACAACUGGGGCCAAGGCAAGAACCCCAAUGAAAAGAUCGCCAACGGGACCAACAUUAACUGGCCCCCAGAAUUCUGCCCAGGUGUGCCAUGGAAGGGCCUUCAGAACAUUGACCCUGAGAACGAUCCCAAUAUGACCCCUGGUAGCGUCCCGAGUGGUCCUACCAUCAACACAAACAUCCAUGACGUCAACAGAUAUCUUCUGCGUGACAGGAAUGGAGGCAAACUGUCCGAUGUGAAGUCCACCUGGUCCACUGGGUCCAUGACUCAGAACCAAGCCUCCCUGACUCACGAGCUGUGGAAAGUCCCUCAAGGCCCACGCGGCUCGGCAGCCCCGUCCCGACCCCCACCGGGCCUCACCAACACCAAAUCUUCCUCUACAUGGGGGGGCAACUCACUGGGACUGUCCCAGGGCUGGAGUGGCUCUUACGCCUCGGAGGGAACCACAUGGAGUACAGACAGCUCCAACAGGACCAGCAGCUGGCUGGUGCUGAGGAAUCUCACACCUCAAAUUGACGGUUCAACUCUACGGACCCUGUGCAUGCAGCACGGCCCUUUGAUCACAUUCCACCUCAACCUGACCCAAGGGAACGCCGUGGUGCGCUACAGCUCCAAGGAUGAGGCCGCCAAGGCCCAGAAGUCUCUGCACAUGUGUGUGCUCGGUAACACCACCAUCUUGGCAGAGUUUGCUGGGGAGGAGGAGGUGAACCGCUUCUUUGCACAAGGCCAGUCGCUGGCCUCAAACACCACCACCAGCUGGCAAGCCAACCCGGGAACCAAUCAGAAUCGAAUGGGCGGGGCAGCGGCGUCUCACUCCAUCGCCCAGUGGAGCACCGGCGGCGGGGGAGGAGGUGGCGGUGGCAAGACCAGCGGAGGGGACCUGCUUUGGGGGGGUGUUCCCCAAUACUCCAGCCUGUGGGGGCCUCCGAGCGGGGAGGACGCACGCGUGAUCGGGAGCCCCACCCCUAUUAAUACUCUGCUGCCUGGAGACCUGCUGAGUGGGGAGUCCAUGUAGAAGGAGCAAAAAACCCAAGCAAAUCAUGUGGCGAUAAUCAGCUCCAUUUUACAACUUUCUGUAACUGUGAAUUGAGAAAUGGAAGGCUCACCAGCCCUUCUCUUUCUUUCGUGUUACCUUUUGUUCCUUUCAUUUUGGAAAUGACUUUGUAAGAAAAAAAAAAAAGAACUCAAACGUGACACAAAGAAACCUUUUUGAGUUUGGUUUGGUUUUGUUAGGAGAAGCAAUCAAAGCUGCCAUCUACCCUUUCCUUGCAAGAAGAAUCAUCCCAGACAAAAAGACUCUCAAGCGAUCAUUCCCAGCAUGCCCGUGGCCAACGAUGCGGUUGGAUGACCUUUACUUGUUACUCUUUGUUUCUCAGCACUAAUAUUAGCCUUAAGUGCUCACCUGGUCCUUUCCAAACCGGCUUUUUUUUUGUUGAUAAACUGAAGAAGCAGAUGGAAUCUUGCACAGUUUUUGACCUCUUGAGCCAGUGCCACGCAACUGGCGACCGACUCUCUUCGGGAAACCCGGCUCCUCGGACUCUUCACUUGUUCGACGUGGACGGCGGGUUCAUUGUUCUGAUGUCCGUCCCCCAAUAUAUAAGCUCUGAGCAACUGCGGCGGCGCCCAAUCACUGACGAGAUCCUCGCCGUCACCUCCAGUUCACUCACUGGUGCUUUGUGGAAUCUUCGACAACCUUUCUGCACGUGUCAUUGCAAGGAAAAGGAAAGAGGACGCGGCUUUAACUCUUUUGAACGUGACGGUUUACAUUGUGCAAUAUACACCGUAGAAACUCUUUGUCCGUCCCGUCUGAGCUGGUCAGUUUUUAGAGCUUGAAAGACCAUUUUUUGUUUUUGUUUUGGUCCGCCCGCCCCCUCCCCUCCAGAGCGCCAUUGGAAAAUCUGUGCGAAGCAGCAGCAGCUUGGACUUCGAUGCACACUUCCUGUCUGCGCGCCCGCCGCACCCACAGCCAACAAGAGACUGGAUCCAAUUGGACACCUCUUCGGGGUGUCUGGCACAAUACCAAAAAAAAAAAGGGGGGGUGGGGUUUGCAGCCUAUGAGUUUUCCCAAUGCAGUAGACCUACGAGUCUUUCUCGUGGACACACAUGGGAAGGCCUCUUAUCAUAGCACUUAUGAGGAGCCCGUGGCUUUGGCUCAAUAAAGAAAUAAAUCAAAACAAGACAAAAGCUCUGAUGAAGGGAAAAUGCGACUGACACAAAGUCACCUUCGCGAAGAAUAGGAACAAUUCUGAAAGUGAAUAUCACUGUUACUCCAAAAUGUCCAAGCCUUGCUCGCUCUUGGAGACCGAGCGUGGAUGGUCGGUCAUUGGGUGUGGGGGGGUGGGGGCAGCGUGGAGGGUGUGGCGUCCACUGAGUGCCUCUCUGCUGUGGUCCACCGCCCACCGUCCCGCCCCCACACCUCCCCCAGGUGUCCGACCGCAGCACUUCUUCCCCGUGCUCCGUCUGGCAAUAACCAGACCAACCCUGCUCGUUCUCCCUUUCAGUUGUUAAAACGCAAAGAUCACUUUAGCUGGAAGAUCUACUAGUCAUAUUUCUGGAUUGUGUCUCGUUGUCGUUUGUGUCCACAAUGCAUACAUGCUACGUGCCUGCGUAUGUAUAAGUACAUCGUGGCUGCCUGAAGGAGCCUCUCACUGUUCAUAUGCAGAAACACUUUUUUCUCAGAGGUGCCUCUCUGUGCUCAUCCUGUGUUAUGAAUGCAAAACAAGGAUCAAUACUAUUGAUUGUCAAUUGCUUUUUGAGCUGAUCGUGCUUUGUGUUGGACAGUAUUCUGUCGUACUUCCAGGUCUGGGGGUGUUUUUCAUUGUUUUGGUCCAAGCUGCUCCGCCUGCCCACAGGUUGCCCAUUGCAUAGCUGCUACGCUAAGCCCCCCCCCCCCCCAAAAAAAAAACCCCGUCACAUCUGGUAGCCUCCACCCAACCCCUCCCCUCCAUGAGGCACCGAGGGCCACUUGUAACUGUUUCUAUGCAAAAGACGAGAAGCCGGGGCCCCUCUACAAGCACGCCGACCCCUUGUCACUCCAGCACUAUUCCCACCCUACUGUGAACUUCGCUAUGGCCGCCAUUUUCUCGAGACACUGUCACUGAAGUGGAGUGCGAAGACUUUAUCAAAGGCUCGUGUCCAGACUUGAUCUCAGGGUAGGGGUAGGGGGGCACAGACGACGACCAUGCAGCUCUCUCUCUCUCGCUGUCUUUCUCGCUCUCCACGACCGUCCUUUGUUCCCGUGUACACACACCACACGCAUUGAAGAGAUGCCAAUGUACUGUGCCAACUUCAAUUUGCUGAACAGAGCACUUGUGUUCCUCUUUGAAAGGAAUGAUUUUUUUAGGGGGGCGGCACAGGGAAGUUGGAGGGGCAGCAGCAUCACAUCCUGAAAUGACUGAUUUUCCUUUUUUGUUUGUUUUGUGGGACAAACCCAACGCUAACAUUGCGCAGGGGAGGGUUCCAGUUUGCUACAGUGCACAGUCGAUGAUGGGUAAUCCCGGGUACAUAUUUUUUUAAAACCAAAAAAAAAAAGUUACAAAUCACAUUUUAACAUCAUUUUUAUGAAGUUUGACAGAAAAAUCUUUUUUAAAAAUGCAUAAAAAUGAAAUUGCGGGCUGGGGGGAUCUAUGAUUUGUUGAAGCUCUGCACUUCUCGCUGAAACGUCUCCGGUCGUCACGUUCUGCUCACGACAUGAACAAGUAGACCCACGACUGGGGUUCCUUUUUGUUUGAUUUGUUUUCUUGUGGAUGCUGUAUUUAUCUGGUUUUUAUUUUGUGUUGACGUCCUGCUCAAAGCAGGCCCCGAUUGCGAACUGUACAUUUCCACUGGAUCCGAGUCGGUGAGAGGUACAAAAGUCUUAAAUCAAGAAGGAAAAAAAGGGGGACAAAGGCUACCUUUCAGGACACGGCGUCCUGCAGCACACGAGCAAAAAUCACUAUUGCCUGUUUCUGUAAAACUGCCUUGAUCCAAGAAGCUCAGACAGACCCAAUAAUCCACCAGUACCGCGCCCAGAAAGUCACAAGGGGCUUUCCCAUGCUGCACCAGCAUCGAGAGGCUCUCCUCUUCACACAGCUCGCUUCUCGAAAGCGUGCUUACCGUAGACAUAUAUACAUACAUACGUGUGUAUCUAUACACAAAGUUGAUAUUUGUAUGUAUGCAUACGUACACACCUACUGUACAUAUAUGUACACUUCGGAUGGUAGCCUCUAAAAUGUUUUAUUUGUCUGCAAGGUUGAAAUGAAGAUGAGCAAUAUGUAUUUCCCCCCGCCCACACACACGCACGAACGUCCACACAAAUAUGCGAUGGACGCAAUUUGGUUGUCAACGAAUACUUGAUCGUCCGUUCUGCUUUUCAGCCACAUGAUGUCGUAUGUAUGGAUCUUUGUUCGUUAGCCCGCCCUCCAUCGUAAGUCGAGCAUUUGCUAAUUAAAACAAAAAAAAAA